AUGCCCACAAAACAGGACCUUGGUAAACCUGUUUUUUUCUUCUAUCAUGCACAGUUGAUCAAGCCACAGAAUGGCUUCCUUGGUAUUGUCUUGGUGGGAGGAGCCGACACACCAUUGGAAAAUCAUUACGUCAACGACAUCCUACCCAAUUCCUCCGCGUCCAAAUCCGGCCGCGUCAGAAAUGGAGACGAACUUCUGGAGGCUAACGGCCAAGCUCUUGGCGGGAAAACACACGCUGAAGCCUUGGCCAUCUUCAGAUCCCUGCCAGCCGUCGUGACGUUGGUUGUAGCGAGGAAAAAAGAUGCGAACCGCGCUAUCUUGGAGCGUUUGAAACACGAGAAAAAAGACAAGAAGGUGAACAACAACAUCGCGUCACCGAAGAAGAGAAGAAGCGUUAUCGAGGAAGCAGCCAGCUCGAGUAUCAUCCCCAGGACGCUCUCGUCCGUUAUCGACGUCACUAAGCAGGCUUGCCCGUAUGUCAAACCUGUUAAGCGAGUUUCGCGCGUCACUUCCUUCGUCGGGCCAACGGAGGAUGAAUUGACUGGUCGCGUGAGCAUUGGGACAGAAAAAGGCAAUCAGGAGAGCACAAUGGGGAAUGAGUUGCAUACUCUGUCAACUAAUCCUGAAACCAGUGACUACGCAGUAUGUCAAGACGGUGCUAUCCCCGAAUGGAGCAAGACCUCAGAUUCACUGUCACUUAAGAGCUUCGCGCGCUGUGAACCAUUUCUCGACCUACCACAAAUCCACGAGGAUAAAGCAACUUUGCAUUCCACCACGGUAGCUCUGAGGUGCUCGCGAAACCGGCAGAGCACCUUGAAAAGACGAAGCACCAUCGAGCAUUGUGAUGUAAGGGCAACUUGGCCUGUUUUUACGACCAGACAACGACUCCCUCUUCCCUGGGACUCGAUCACGUCUCAGAGACCAGCGACCGUUGGCCGAAGUUCCUCGGCGCGGGUUCGGCGAAGCAUCGUGUCCACUUCGGCAUCCAACUCUUCACUGUAUCAAACUUCGAGCUCAGCUCGGAAGUUUACGGGGAAGCAUUAUAUUGAGAGGAAAACUAUCACCGUUGAGUUACAACGCGAAAGCACAGCCAGUGAUUGGGGAUUUACCAUCGGAGGGGGAGUUUUUUCUCCGUACGGAGACCUCCCGAUAUUCAUUGCAGAAGUUCCAGCUACCGGGGGUGCACAGGAAUUUUUGCAGAAUGGAGAUGAAAUCGUUGAUUUCAGCGGAGAAAGUUUGGAGGGCGCAACGUUUUUAGAGGCAGAGAAAAUGUUACGAAGAUGCGCGAGGAAAAAGGUGACAAUUACCAUCAAAAGAAAGUUCCUUCAACGAAGUCAAAACCCGCAGAGUAAUCCAUACGCCGAGAUGUGGAACUCAUUAAACACGACGAAAACGAGAGGGAAGCAAGGAAGGCGACCAAAAUCAUUGCACUGUUAAGAGAGUACAACGCUUUUUCAAUUGUUGUUCUAUUUUGACAAAGAAAGAAAAACUACUGAACUGGCAUGCGACCGGUGAACAGCGCGGGAAAAUUCGCGCGAGUCAAGGCAUGCUUACUCUACCUGAUUGGCUGAAUAUGAACUUCGUUCUGAUUGGUCACUCGCUGCGUUGACUAUGUUCUCUUUACCAAUCACCGAGCUCAACGAACAACAAAAUUGAAUAGCGCUCUACAACUCACGGGAUAAUAAAAUGUAAUUUCUAAUUUUCUAGACAUCUUAAAGAAUCCAACGAAUUUGAAAUUUCGUAAUCUUGAAUGACAUACAGACUUAGCACCAAAACUUUUUAAACUUUUCUUCAGCUUUUGCGAUAACUUAAGUAAUUAAGCAAUAAAUAAAUACUGUUUAUACUCAAGCCACUUUCUACAGGGACGGAUGCAGGAGUUUUCUUAGGAGGGGGUGCACCACUAAGUAAUGGCAUAGCUGAUUGGUGAGGUAAAUAAAUUUUAAUAGUGAAUAUGAAGAAGGCUUCGUCUCAGUGGUGGUUCGUACCCCCUAGAUCUGCCUGUGUUCUACGUCUGUUUAUCACUUAUUUAUAUGCAUUUCACUCGUUAACAGUUAAACAAAUAGCAAACUCACACUUCAGAAAAAGUUUUUACUGAGAAAGUGGAGACAUAACUUUGAAAAGAAAAAAGAUGAAAUGUCAAACCUCACUACUCUUGUGACAAGGUUUAAAGGCACUUUUUAUACUCUUUUUAGAUAAAUUUCAUAUUUGAUGCAGUUAAACUGUACUAAAAUAUUGCAAUCUCAUAGCCUGGUCAAAUGGUUAUAUUCAUUGGUGGUUGUGAAAAUCGUAAACAUUUAUUAUCGAUAUGCAACUGUAAAAUGUUCUCACUGAGUAGGUAGAGAUGAUAAAAUAAUUUAUCAGUAGUAUAUAUCAGGUAGACAUUAGUUUGAUGUAUUUUAUUGACUUUUAUUACAUAUCUUGGCACUUCACUGACUCCUGUUUGUCAUAGUUUAUUAUAAAACAUUUAAUAUGUCACACAAAGCAAUUAAUUUAUUUUAAUUAGAAUAAUUUAUUCCUUUUUAAUUUAAAUCUCAGAUUACAUUGGCCUUGAUGAAAGGCCAUAUUUAAUAUUUCAUAAAAUCACUGAAUUUCUUGCAAUACUACAAAAAUUUAGAAACACCCUUUUUUAAGACAAGAAAACAAAGUUAUUUUAAUGAGUAGCAACACUGCACUAAAACAACAAUAUUAUUAUUACUCUCCUCCAUAUUUGAUACAUGAAAAUGAAGAUUGCAAAAUUGUAGUCAAGGUUUAUUUUUGUUCACUACUGAUUAAAAAUCUUCAUCUUCAAAAACAAAACCCUUGUGUAAUUUAAGUGUUUGUUACCUUCAUAGACACUGCGAGAACAUAAAAGGAAGUGAAACACGAUCAAGAAAAGGGAAGAAACCGGGGGAAGGGGAAUUCCAAUAUAAAAAGGUUUAAAAAGUGGUUUUGCUAACUCUUAGGGUGUUCAGCCUCAAAAGGUCCACAGUGGGAACUUUGACAGUACCUUUUACGGUAUUGCGCCAAAAAAA